CCACCAAUGAUAUGCAAAUGUGAUGCAAACCAACCUGUGGGUUGCGGCGCAUGGGCCUUCCAGUCCACGCCAAGGUUGGUAGGUCCCCCAGGCCUUUUCCAUGGCAACUGUCAUUCAGGCGGUCUCCAUGGUGACCGCGUGGCGGGGUGUGGCGGGGCUGGGGCUGGGGCUGUUGCGGGCGGGGCGGCCCCCCAGGCCUCUCAGCUCCGAGCCGAGAGGAACCCGGAGGCGCUUCGGUGUCCGAGCAGCUGCCAUGGCGCCCGUCAAGGUCGGAGACAAGCUGCCCAGUGUGGAGGUGUACGAGGGGGACCCCGGCACCAAGGUGGAUGUGGCCACACUCUUCAAGGGCAAGAAAGGGAUUCUCUUCGGGGUGCCUGGUGCCUUCACCCCUGGCUGCUCCAAGACCCACUUGCCUGGCUACGUGGAGCAGGCGGGGGCGCUGAAGGCCAAGGGCGUGGAGCUGAUCGCCUGCCUGGCUGUGAACGAUGUCUUCGUCAUGAGCGAGUGGGGCAAGGCCCAUGGAGCCCAGGGCAAGGUGUGGAUGCUGGCUGACCCCACCGGAGCCUUCGGAAAGGCUACGGAGCUGCUGCUGGACAAGGAGCCCCUGCGUGACCUCUUUGGGACCAACCGCUGCAAAAGGUUCUCCAUGGUGCUGGAGGAUGGCGUGGUGAAGGCUCUCAACGUGGAGGAGGAUGGAACAGGGCUGACCUGCAGCCUGGCCAACCACAUUCUGUCUCAGCUCUGAGCAGCAGCAUGCCAGGGUCCCUCCUGCUGCUGCUUCCCCCCGCUCCCCCCCCGCCCCCAGCCCUAGCACAAGGAGCGGGGCAGCGCAGCAUCCUUUCCCUGCAUGAUAUGAUGGUCUCCCCCCUGCGGGAGGGGGGGCUGUGCUCUUGCUGCUACUCCUGCUGUCAUGGGCUUGACCUCUAGGGGGCACUCGUGCCCUGGUGGUGGUGUACUGCCCCACCAUGCUGUGUAUCAACCUGGAAUAAAUGGCUCUUGCCA